AUGUUUGUACGAUUGCGUAGACUGAAACCAACAAUUUCACUCCCUGUGUUCUUUAUUAUUUUUUCUAAAUUUUUUAAUUUGAUUAUUGCUUCUGGUCAAUUACGUUUUCAUUUGGCUAUUUUUAAUAUUUCUGAACAUGGCAUAAAUGACAGCAAUGUUUCUAAUCCUAUUAAAAGUUGUUACUGUAUUAAUGGCGGUAAAUGUAUUGGAAGUAAAUGUGUUUGCCCCCUUGGCUAUUGGGGAGAGAAUUGUGAAAAAUGUAUUCCAAACUCAAGAUGUAAAGGAUUUUGUCGUCGGGGACCUGGUGGAUGUUCUUGUCCCUUUGGAAAGGGAGGACAAUUUUGUGAAAAAGAUUUGGUAUUCUGCACUAAAAAUUCACCUUGUCAGAAUGGUGGAAUAUGCCAAAAUAAUGCUGAAGGAAAUUAUACUUGUAAAUGUAUUCCCGGUUUUGGCGGCAGAAAUUGUGAAAGAAAAUUAACAAAAUGUGAAGAAGAACCAUGCUAUAAUGGGGCAAAAUGCAUUCCAGUUAAUUCUGAAGCCAUAAUUUUUUAUUUAUUCUCUUUUCUAGUCGUUUUCCUAUCCUGGAUUUCGUUGUUUGUGUUCUUCUCUACUUGGUCUUUUUGGCCGUUUUUGUGA